AUGGACAUCACCACUACAAGCCAGACUCUCCAGGCACUGGGGAGAGUCAAUUUAUGGACAUCACCACCGAGGAAAGAAGAUCGAUUUGCUCAACAACAACCAAAGGAAAAAGUAGCGAAACUGGACAGAGAAUGCAGAAGUCAACGUUGCGAUAAAAAUGAGAAAUCCGCGGACUGGACACACGAUCAACUUGAGAAAACGGUGCAUUGCACAACGAAUGUGCCGAAAAAAUCAACAAUCGAAGACGUAACUCCCAAAUCUUGCUGCUGGGAGCCUCUCUCUUAUGAGUCUAAACAUCCAACGUCAAACGAGAGAGCAGGAAUCGAAACCUAG